GCCGGGGAAGCUGCAGGGCUGGCAAUGGAGCGAGGCGCACGAGGGGUGGCGCCGGCGCGCGCGGGGUCGCUCGGGUCGCCUUUCCUCUGAAGACCCGAGCCCUUCAGGCCCCAUGGUGGGCCCCGACGAUCCUGGCCUGGAAGUGUGAGGGGUGGGUGGCUCGGCGGCCGCUGCUCGUCUGAUGGUUAAGACUGCGAAAGGACUGCCGCCAUGCUGAGCUCCGAGCAGGCCCUGAACGAGCUGCUGAUGCGCAAGGAGGAGGAGUGGCGCGUGCUGCAGGCCCAGCGCAGCCAGCUGCAGGAGACAGCUCUGCAGGACGCUCAGCGCCAGCUGGAGGAGGCGAGGGGAAAGUGUCGGCGCCUUCAGGAGGACUUCGUCUACAACCUGCAGGUGCUGGAGGAGCGGGACCAGGAGCUGGAGCGCUACGAUGCUGUGUUUGCCCGGGCCAGGGCGCAGGAGGAGGCCAGGCAGGCAGAGGUGAGUGAGCUCAAGAUAGAGAUGGCCAAGCUGAAGCAGGAGCUCGCCAGAGAGGCCAGACGUGUGGAGGAGCUGCAGGAGCAGCUGCGGCUCAGGUCUCAGGAGCAUCGCCUGGAGCUGGACCGCCUCCACAGCGACAAGAACGGCGAGAUCGACCACCAGCGGGAGCAGUACGAGAACCUGAAGUGGAGGCUGGAGAGAAAGCUCAAGGAAGUCGAUGGCGAACUUGCCCUCCAGAGACAGGAGCUGCUGCUGGAGUUUGAAUCCAAGAUGCAGAAGAGGGAGCACGAGUUCCGCCUGCAGGCUGACAGCAUGAGCAGCACAGUCUUAGCCCAUGAGCUCAAGGUUAAACUACUGAGCAAAGAGCUGGAGGCGCUAAAGGCGGCCGGAGCGCAGACGGCAGAGUGUUUGCAGAGAGCGGAGACAGCAAACGCCGAGUUAGAACAGAAGCUGCAGGGCUGCGCUUGGGAGCUCCGGGACCUGGAAGCCGUGAAGGAUGCGCGGAUAAAGGACCUAGAGGACACGCUUCACUCUGCACAGCUGGCCAGGAAGAAAGAAGAGGAGACAUUCAACAGGAAACACGAGGAGCUUGACCGUCUGGCCAGGGAGAGAGACGCAGCGCUGGUGGCGGUGAAGGGCGCCCACGUGGAGCAGCUUCGGGCGUCAGAGGCCAGGCUGCAGGAGCUGCGGGCCCACUGCGAGAGCCUUGGCGGGCAGCUGCGUGCCAGCAUGGAGGGUGGCCGCUAUGCCUUCAAAGCCAGGCGUGUGAGAUGCUGUGCUGGGCAUGGCUGGCAGGCUCUGUGGGCGCUGGGCUCCUGUUCCCGCCCAUGCCCAGCCUUGCCCUUGGCACAUUGGCGGUGUGAGGUCCGCUGGACCAUGGCUGUUUCUUCCCACGUGGAGCCGUUAAUUAGUGCAGGCCAAAAGCUCGUGCUCUGCUCGGGUCCUCUGGGCCCAGCGAGCACAUGCGGGUCUGUUGGAGCCCCUCGCAGCCCAGCGCCCAGGGGUGCAAGCAGGAGCCCCCGACUCACGCAGUUCCUUCUGCUCAGGCUGCGGGACGAGGCAGCAGCUCUGAAAGCUGGCUGGGAUGCCCAGGUGGCCCAGAUGUCCAGGGAGGCGGUCUCCAGGGACCUGCAGGCCCAGGUGCUGCGGGACGAAGAGGUGAAGCUCAAGGCGCGGCUGGCCAGAGCCCAGCAGGACGUGGACAGGUACAAACAGCAGCUGUCCCAGGCUGUAGAAAGGGAGCGGAGCCUGGAGCGUGACCAGGUGCAGCUGGGCCUGGACUGGCAGCGCCGCUGUGACGACAUCGAGAGGGACCAGAUCCAGAAGUCAGAGGCCUUGAUCCGGGGGCUGACCGAGGCCAGAGAUCAGGUUGCUGCCAAGCUUCAGGAGACAGAGCAGGCGCUGCGGGAGCAGGAGGUGGUGCUGUGGGCUGUGACCCUGGAGCGAGACCAGGCUACACAGGAGCUGCAGGCGCUCGGGCCCCUCCCCGGGCCAGAGCCACAGACGCCCCUACCUCAGCGCAGAGAAGUCAGUAAAGAUUUUCCGUCUAGGGAGAUCCAGCAGCUGCAAGAGCAGAACACGAGCCUGCGGAAUGCCGUGGCGCAGAUGAGGCGGGAGAUGGAAAUGCUGAGCGAGCAGAUGCCGCCUCCCGCACAGUUGACCAGGAACACCUGGGACGGCGAGCCGCCCAAUCCCCAUCCUGACCCCAGCUCUGCGGGAGACACAGCCCCUCCCCAUUACGUUCUGGCCCUGGAAACAGAAAUGCAAGCCCUGAAGCACAAACUGCAAGGCCUGGAAGCGCAGCGGGAGGGCGCACAGGAGCCUCCGAGGACGGGCCAUGCCAGCCCCCAGCCGGGUGCCCACUGCUCUGCAGAGGCUGCCGGUUCUCCUGCAGUGGCUGCUUUCGAAGCUGGUGCCAGGUUGCGGUUGGGAGGAACAGGAGACCCUGUCUAUGCUGGCCAAGUGUCCCCUCUGGUCCUCAGGAAGCUUGGAGACAGAGUGCAUCUCUUGACCUUGCUGGUGACAAAGCUCAAAAAGAAGGUACAGCAACAGCCCCUGGAGCUGGACACUGUGCAGCGGGAGCUUCCCCGGGUGGUAGACCAGGUGCACCUGGAAGUUCUGGAGCUGCAGAAGCAGGUGGCUGAGCUGCAGAAGCCUCUCGGGACAGCUCGGCCGGAAGGAGGGGAACCUUCUCACAGGAAAUCACUCCAGAAGGAGGGCCUCACAGAUGGGACUCCCGUGGGGACAGAGGACCACGACCAUUUUUCCAGACACCGACAGUGGGGAACACAGCGCCCCCAGCCUUCAUCUGUGCCCCACCUGCAGAGGAAACUGAAGGAAGCAUCCAGAAAGAUCCUCAGCCUCCACUUGCAGAGGGAGCAGCUCAUCGAGAUGGGGAACCGGCUGCGUGCCGAGCUGGGCCGCCCCGGAGGGAGACCACCUGGCCAUUCCCAGCUUCCCAGUCCGGAGACCCAGGACCCAGAGGACACACCCACAGAGCCCCGGGGGCCUCUGGGACGGUUGCAGCCCCACCCAGAAGCCCAGGACCUGGAGCUCCCAGUGACGGAGUGGGUCCCUGGACAAGGGAGAAGAAGCCAGCCCCACUCAGCUCCGCCUGCUGGCAAAAACCCCGCCCCGAGAGGCUCCAAGUCCGGUCCACUGGUGGGGCCCACGCAGAGGCAGCACAGAACCCCUGCGGUGACCUGCAGAGCCACCCAUCAGAAAGAAAAUAGGGCCCCAGAGCCACCCCGGGCUAACGCAGCCCCAGAGGAAAAUGGCCACAAGAGCCUCGCACCGUCCUCGCUGGCCAGCCCUUCCCUCCAGGACACCUGGAGGUUGCUAGACCUGGGUUCCAGCCCUUCCGGCCUCCCCUCGCAAGAUGAGUGCACUGCAGAGUCCCCAGCACCUCGCGCAGCCCGCUGCCACCAGGAAGCUGACAGGAGCCCUGUUAGAAUGCGGUUUCAGGAGACCUUGGCUAUUGAGGGGAUGAAGAUGGCAGCACAGUCGAGGGCCAGGCCUAGCAGCUCCUUCAGCUCUCGUCCUGCAAGACCUAAAAGUUUCCAGCCGCCUUCCUGGACCCGCAACUACAAUGUGAAGGACUGACUUUCUCCACCCUGUGAGGCACAGGACCCCACAAGGGUCUGGGGCUGGGACUGUGCUUUUCCCUGCACGUCAGAGGCUGGCGCACACCUGGCAUGCAGUGGGGCCAUAAGCUGCAAAGGAGGCUCCCAGGACGCUGCUGAGACGGCCUCCCUGGGGCACCACAGAGCCAUUAAAACCUCUGUUGCUUCAUCUGAUGGCCACAGUGUCCAUCUGUCCUGCUCGGGCAUGGCACGUCAGAUCUGCAUGCCCGAUCCCGGCCUGGCCCCUGCCACCUGCCUGCAUCACUACCCAUGGCCAGCCACACACUGCCAGGGGCAUGACAGUGGCCCUCCCCAGAGUCUAGUGGCAUAAAGAGCAGAA